CUAGGAAACACUUAUCUGCAUACGGAGGCGGGGUUUGAGAGAGGAGGCGGUGGAGCGGUAAAAGAGACCCACACACGCUAUUUAGCACCGCCUCCUUCUUUAAGCCGUCCCACUCGCCCAACCCUCCGAAGAAACGGCUACCUUCGCGAUUGGCUGAUUGGGUAAAAAGGCCAGCCCAUCGUUCCGUCAGGAUUGGUCGAGUGAUUCUUUUCGAAGUUUGCAGUACCCAAUCAAAAGAAGGGAGGCGGAACUACAAAGCUAGCCGUAGGGUUGCAAGGCGACCCUCUCACGAUGGAUUCCACUUCCAAAGACAGGGGACCCCCCGAAACCGAGGCGUCUGCUCUUCCUGAUGCUGGAAACGCCGCUGUCGUUUCGGGACCCGGGAAGCUGGGGACUCCGCAGAAGGAUGCAGCGGAAGUGCCUCCUAAUCUUUGCACACCACAGACCUUUAAAUCACCUUUGAACUUUUCCACAGUAACCGUGGAGGAAUUAGGAAUUACACCUGAAAGUUUUGUGAACUCUUCAGGGAAGUCAUCAUCCUACCUUAAAAAGUCCAGACGGCGUUCUGCAGUCGGUGCUCGGGGCUCUCCUGAAACAAACCACUUGAUUCGUUUCAUGGCUCAGCAGCGGGCUUUAAAGAGUGCUGAGAAAUCUCCUUUGGCCCAGGGGUCCCCCUUUCAGGUCAGCUCUGGAGUGCAUCGAAAUGUUAAUUCAUUGAGAGAGCGAAUAUCUGCCUUCCAGUUAGCUUUUCACUCUGUCAAGGAAAAGGAGAAGAUGGCUCCCUGUCCAGAAACCUCAGAGGCAGAAGAAGGGCUUGAGACAACAGGCUUAGCUCAAAAGGAAGGUCAAGGUGGAUUUUGGCAGCCUGGAUUUCCUGGAGAGUUCUCCUCCAAACGCCGGAAGAUAUCGUCAGAGAGCAGCUCUGAGGACAGGCUGAGCCGUGCGGCGCGCACAGGGUCCCAGACACCCAGGGCUGAUGCAGACCGAGCAUGUGCUGCUGGCAUUUCCGUGGCUCUUGCUGAGAAAUCACCUGAGCAUGGUUUAACCCAGUCUGGAGGUGUAGUUGAGGAAUCCAUUCCCUGCCCAGCGCUCGCAGAUGCCUCAAGUGGACUGGAGGUUGCAGAUCGGAUGCAGGGCACAGGGUCCAGCGAUGCUGUUCCGCUUGACGCACUGAUGACAGGAGUGAGCCUGGCUGCAGCCCCCGAGGGCGGGUCACCAGCUGCUCCUGUGUGCGGGAGGGAAGUUGCACCCACCGAGACCUUUGUCCUCCGUUCGGUAUUGAAGAAGCCUUGGGCGAAACUGUCUCUGGAGAGCUUAGAGGAACACCAAAAUAACCUCUGUGAUGAUGGAAUGCCUCCAAGCUUAGCUUCUGAUCUUUUAAACUGUCACAAAGAACAAAAAGCUGAAGAUGAGGAAAAUUAUAAAGUACCUGCUUUGCUAAAUAUGAGGAAGAGGAAGAGAGUUACUUUUGGAGAGGAGCUAAGCCCAGAAGUGUUCGAUGAGUCUUUGCCAGCUAACACCCCGUUGCGUAAAGGAGGAACACCUGCCCGUCAAAGGGACUUAAGUGGGCUCAGUCCCCAGCUGCCAGAGCAGUCACCAGUUCCUGUUCCUGAGUACUUGCCUCAACCAGAUUUUGAUGACAAAGGAGAGAAUCUUGAAAACAUAGAACCACUUCAGAUAUCAUUUGCGGUUCUGAGUCCUAUUAAAUCUUCAAUCUCUGAGACUCUUUCAGGUAGUGGUACUUUUAGUUCUUCAAAUAACCACAAGAAGAUUUCCUCCUGUAAAGUUGGUAAACCAACACGGACUUCUAACAGAAGAAAUAGGUUGGCCACCUUUACAGAAGAGAAUGUGUGCAGCUUAUAUAAUGCAGAAGCUCAGCCUUGUAAAGAAAAGAAAAUUAAUAGGAGAAAAUCUCAGGAGACCAAAUGCACAAACAGAGCAGUUCCUAAAAAGAAACAGGUUUUUAAAGGUGGCAGAAAGAAGAAAACAAAGGGAAAGAAACGUGUGGAGAAAUCUCUGUAUGGAGAAAGAGAAAUUGCGUCUAAGAAGCCCCUGCUGAGUCCCAUUCCUGAGCUGCCCGAGGUCUUGGAGGCUCCGUCCUCGGUCGCAGGCAUCGGAAGGCUGCAUGCAGAUGAUUUCCACUCAACCGGCAGACUGGGAGAAGUGGAGCUGCUUGAAGCUCCAGCUAAGAGAAAGCAUCGCUGGCGCUGGAACCCAGAUCUGCGUUUGCAGCAAGGCCUUGACGGAGCUGACGCCUCUGAAUGCUGCUGCCCCAGCGUGACGGGUGCUUCGCCGCUCGUGGCCACCUCUCAGGAUUCAGGCACAAACACGGACACUGACGACAUGGCAAAUACUCCACAGGCAGAGAACGAGUGGCAGUCUGAAAGUGAACUCGGAACUGAGGUGGAGAUCGCCAGCAGUCAUGCUGCCUGUGCUUCUCUGGCCAGAGAACACCACGUGUCAGAUCAGCCGAGGCCCGCUCUUACCCCGCAGUGCCAGGAGCUCCCUGCUGCUGGUCAGAGUGCAGAAAAGCUUUGUCAGGUCCCUAAUGCGGCAGAAGAUGUGCACCUAAAGUUGGAGGAGCAGGAUGACUUCUUAGCAGCCACAGAGGGAGAACUGCAGUGCAGUCCCAUCUGUGGCUCACGAGAAGAAUUUAACUGUUUAGACGACGUCGUCACCAGAAAGAGAAAAUCUGGAAGCCACAGCGAGGAUGUGGAAAGUCAGCCUGCAGAAGGUGGGAGCGUCACAGGUCGUAGGAAAAGGAAACACGGACGCCGCUCUCUGUGCCUCUCUGAAGAUCACAGUGUCGGGCCGCAGCAGAACGGGCAUCGCAGUCCUGCCUGCAGCGUGGGAAGCCUUGCAGAAGUUAGCCUCAGACAUUCCGAACUAUACAAAGAUCUGUCCGACGCCAUAGAGCAAGCCUUUGAGAGAGCUGGCAGUGAAACCAAAGUGCGGCGGAGCACGAGGCUGCAAAAGGAUUCGGAAGACCAAGGGCUUGUGUGGCUGUCACUGCCGUUUCCUUCCACUGCCCAGAAAGCCAAAAGGAGAACGAGCUGUACAUUGGAGAGCAGGGAAUUGGAAAGUUCGCCCCCUAGAAAAGAAACCGAGGGCUCCAGGCAAAACCCAGGGGUGGUGGGCUCCGGCACAGGGGAAGAAAGCAGCGAGGGCCAGGCUGCCGCUUUCUGUCCUUUACCCGGGAGGAGGAGGAGGAGGAAGAGCCUUUGCGCCUCUGCGCUCCCCAGCGCGUGCAGUAGCGCUGGGCCAGCUCCGUCCAGGAGAGGCUUUCCCAAGGAGCAGGCGGGGAGCUUGGGGCGAUCAGGCCUAGGCGGGAACUAACCCAGCCCAGAGCAUUUGGAGGUAACCUGGGCCUCCGUGUCUUCCCUUCCAGCUCCCGUCCUCUGUCCAGCUGUCCUGCUUGCAAAUUUCAAAUAAAGUCAGCUGUGAUUUUAAGUAGAAAUAAGUGGAUUUCUUCAUCAUUCCAAAAUCAAACAUUCCCUUAAAUGCAUUCUCCCCAUACAUGCUGUUAUUAGUAUUUUGCCUCAAAAUUGUUUUUUAACUCAAAAUGUCUCUGAAGUUUUAUUUUAUGUAAGUACAUACUUAGCCCUGGACGUUUAGACGCUCCAGUCAAAAACAUCCUUUAGAAUGGACUGGUUCUAUCUCAGUAAGCUUUUUUUUUUCUUUUUGUAGAAGAUAAUGUGAUAGAAAUUGUGGAACUUCAUGAAACUUUAUGAAAAUGAAGGUAAUAUAAACUUGAACACUUAAA